UAGCAGCUAUCCGCUGCCCCGGGACCCGCGCCGGCAGUGCGCAGAAUAAACGUGCAAAGACACCAGCGUACCGUACACGCAGCUGCAUCCGUGCCCGUGAGCGGUGCGGAGCCUGUGUCCCAAGGGCCAGAUAUUAUGACCACCCCAGACGCCGACGAUGCCUCGCCCUCGCCCGAGUACAGCGGCGACCAGGACGGCGCAGACAUGGCUGACCAGAACGACCUCCGCGCCUCCAGCGAAGCCUCGCCCAACACCACCCCGUCCAUCAUGUCCAAGGCGAAUGCAAAGGACCCGCUGCGGCCCAGGAGGAAGAAGGCACGGCGGGCCUGCUUUGCGUGCCAGCGGGCACAUCUGACUUGUGGCGAUGAACGGCCCUGCAGCAGGUGUGUCAAGCGCGGCCUGCAAGAUGCCUGCCAGGACGGCGUGCGCAAGAAGGCCAAAUAUCUCCACGACACGCCUAACGAGGCUCUCAUGCCGGGCGUGGGCGGGCACUACCCUCACAUCAAUGGUAACCAAACAUCUACAACUGGACAAGUAUCUCUGCCUGACACGCCUGUCUCUGCUCAACGAGGCACUUUCUUUGCCCAGCCUCAGCCGGGCAACUUCAACAUGUACCAGCAGCCGCCUCAGCAUGGCCAACUUCCUCAGCAUAUCCCCGAAGGCCCCCCUAUCGGCUCUUUCAACGGUCAGCAGACGCCCAUAUCCCCCACCUUUGGCCAGAACCCACAGCAAAGUCCGCCGAUUCAGACGAUACCGAAUUCUCAAGUAUCCCAGGCCAACGCAUCGCAAAUGCACAACUUCGGCGGGCCACUAUUCGAUCCCAGCGACCCUGCGUUGUUCAAUUUCGACAUUGCGAGCUUGAACUUCGGAAAUCAUUACGGUGCUCUGGAGUUUGGGAUGCUUGGUCACAUGUCGUCAGGAGCUGCUGACACACCACCCAGCGACAACAAUCUGAUGAACCCGCUAAAUCAAGCGGCCAACAUGUAUGGACCUCAGAUGUCGGGCGGAUACGCUGAGAAUGCAGCGGCCUCGGUAAUGGCCCCUGGCGCUCUACCAUAUCAAACGGACGGUCUUUCGAAUUCCGAUUGGCAGAACUCACAAUCAAGGCAUAACAGCAUUGCGCAGAUCCAAACGCCCCACAACACACCAAUGUCCGCCAACUUGGACAACAUUCAACGUCAUGAUAGCACUACUGGCCUCCCCCAUGCGUAUGCGAUUGGCCAAGGUCCUAGCAGUCUAUCAACAUCGAGUCCUGCAUCUAAUGCAGCGGAUCUUGGUUCAAACUUCGACAACGGACCUAUGUCGCCUGCUACCUUUUUCGUAAACCCGAACGGUGCUCAAAGGCCGUCACAUCAGAACUACACCCGCCAGCAAAUACAGCAAGCUCAACAACAUCAGCAACCACAUCAGCAGCCCGCUCAAUCGCCAUCCCAGUCUCGGCAAAGCGUGGCACUUCAGCCAAUACAGUCCAAUGCCAUGACGCGAAAACGGCGGCGCGAUACAAACUACAUCUAUGAAGGUAUCAAGAAGCCGUAUCCGUACAGCAUGUCGUUCCACCGGGUGAUGGGCGACGUAGCCACUCGGAUCUCUAAAGACAAGCAAGCCCGGAUCGGAAAAGCCAUGGCCACAUUCCGGCCCUCUUUCGUGGCCUGCUCGAAAGAACUCGACGAAAACGACCUCAUCUUCAGCGAGAAGAAUCUCCAACGGCAACUCUUAACCCUCGAGGACUCCAUCGACCACCUUGGCACCCCGACUCUUGUCCUGCGUCGCACAGGCGAGGUGGUGGCGCUCGGAAAGGAAUUCACCAUCCUCACCGGCUGGCCCCGUGAAGUCCUGCUCGGCAAAAACCCGAAUCUCAACGUCAAUUGGGGCAACAGUCCGAACGCGAGUGGCAGUUCUACGCGCAUGACGCGCUCACCUUACAUUCUUCCGGGCAAGAACCCAGACGACGAAGACAACGGCCCCCGCCCCGUCUCCAUCGUUGAGCUCAUGGACGAAGACUCCGUCGUGCAAUUCUACGAAGACUACGCCACCAUGGCCUUCGAAGACUCACGAGGAUCAAAGAGCCGCUGCGUGAAUUUCCUGAAGUAUCGCACGAAAGAAGACAUGAUGCGGUUCGAGGAGCUGGCGAAGCAUGACGAGAAGAACGGGAACGGGAAUGGGCAUUCGGGCGGAGGCAAGGGGGAGACGGUGGUGAAGACGGAGAACGCGAUCCACAACGAGGCGGGCAUGUACAAGCUGGGCCAGAAGGAGGGGAUGGUCAAGUGCAUGUGUGUGUGGCAUAUCCGGCGGGACAACUUUGAUAUGCCGAUGUUGAUUGUGAUGAAUAUCUUGCCGUGGAUCUGAGUAUCUUCUGUUCGAUUUUCAAUAUCGACGCGCCUAAGCCACACCACACUAUUCCGGCAAGACAAGUCGAGCCCGGGUUUCCAACACGGCAUUCACAAAAACACGAAAGGUCCCUGAAGCACUCCUAGGCCUCUACCUGCCUGCCCUACCUCAUAUCCCGAAGUUCCGAAAAAGGCAUCCCUCCACCAGAGACCCGGUUCCGGGCCUUAGUCAGACUUUUUAUCAUU